UGGUUUGUUUUACCUUACCUUCGCUUCCGCCGCGGCUGCUGCUGCUGCUGCUGCUGCGUGUAAACUGUGAAAAAGAGGUUGGGAGGAGGAGAACGCGGAGAGGGCGCGCGCGUCUCCGCCGCCGCCGCUCGCUGGGCAUGGCUUCCGGCUCCGGCGAACCACCGGAGUGCGGUUACUAGUAGUAGGCGCGGUUUGGAGAACUGGUUGGUUGGACUGGUGCUGGUGCGGUUGGUUACUUGGGAGGGUGGGGGUUCGGCCGGGAUGGCGUGGUUGUAGUGGUUAGGAUUCAUGCGAUCGAUGCCGUUCCAGCUCAAGAACGGUCACCACCACCACCACCACCACGGCGCCAUGGAGGGGAAGCCGACGGUGACGCCGACGGCGACGCCGGCUUCGCAGCAGCCUGCGCCCGCGCCCGCGCCGCCGAGGGUCUCGAGGUUCCGGAGGUUGCUGGUGAGGGUGUCGGCGUCGGAGAGGCUCGCCGGUGAUGGGAAGGAGAGGGAGGGGGAGAAGGUCUCGGCCGGCGCCGGCGGUGGUGAGGUGGAGGCCGGGUCGGUGGGCCUCGACCGCAUGGUGCUCAGCUUCAUGGAGGAUUCCGCGGCCGUCGAGCGGCCGCAGCGCGGGCGAUGCAACUGUUUCAACGGCAGCAACUAUGAGGAGAGUGACGACGAGGAGGACUUCUUCCUCCCCUCCGACCACUCCGCGCCCGCUUCCGCCACGGCCGGCGACGCCUUGGACACUCUCAAGGGUUUGGUGCAGAGCGCGAGCGUCGCAGAGCGGAACCUUCUCGCGGACGCGUCGAGGAUCGCCGAGAGGUGCGGCAAGAGCUACAAGAGCAAGGCGGAGUGCCGCCGCGCGGUGGCCGACGGCCUCCGGGCACUCGGCUACGACGCCGCCGUCUGCCGUUCGCGAUGGGAGAAGACCUCUUCGUACCCCGCAGGCGAGCAUGAGUACAUCGACGCGGUGGUGGGCGAGGAGGUGAGGCUCAUCGUGGAGGUGGACUUCCGGUCGGAGUUCGAGGUGGCACGGUCGACAAAGGCGUACCGGGCGGCGCUGCAGGCGCUGCCGCCGCUGUUCGUGGGGACGCCGGACCGCCUCGGGCAGAUUGUCGCCGUCGUGGCGGAGGCGGCGCGGCAGAGCCUCAAGAAGAAGGGCCUGCACUUCCCUCCAUGGCGGAAGCCGGAGUACAUGCGCGCCAAGUGGCUGUCGCCGCACGUCCGCUCCGGCGACAAGGCCGACGCCCCAUCCCUGAUGUCCACCACAUCGGCGACUGCAACGCCGGUCUCGGCAGCGAGCUUCUCCGGCGAGUUCGAGCUCCUGUUCGAUAGGAAACAAAGCGGGGAGACCCCCGCCGCCGGCGGUGAGAAGAUCACGGUGGUGGUUUCGCCGUGGCGCCCGACGGAGGAGACGAGUAAGAUGCCUCCCAAAGCGAAGGUUGUCACAGGGCUCGCCGCCGUCCUCUGAGCGUGGCGUGGUGAACAAUAACUACUACCGCUAGAACUACUACUACCACUACCAUCACUAGCUCAUCGAUUCUUUUUUUUCCCUCCUUUUCGCUUCUUUUUCCUCCGCGCGCUUCGAUCCGUUUGGGGAUCUAGUUUUUGGUGUUUUGGUGUUUUCCGGGGUUUUUUUCGGAAAAGAGAAAAAACACUUGCGUUCCAAAAAAAUUUUCCCUCCUCCCUUUUCCCAAUCUUCUUUUUGACCCUUGUAAUUUUUGGUUUUGGCAUCAGGGGCUUUUUGUGAAGCUGCUGUUCUUCACCCCUACUGCCUGGUUAGAACUAGUAAUACUACAUAUUUGUAAGCAGAGUUGAUCAAGUGAGGCUGCUCGGUUGCUGCUGCAAAAGCAAAACCCCCAUGAUCCUUCUGCGGCUUCUCCACUUUGUAGUAGGAUCCUAAAAAAAAAUUUCCCUUGUUACUACUACGACGCAUCUUUGUAAUCUUCGAUGGAACGGAUGAACAAUGAGUAAUUAGCUCAAAUUAUCAAAAUAGUAUGCGUGACUUUUGUUUGCUC